AUGACACCAAACAUCGCUGUGUCCUCUCUCCAGCCCUGUUCUCUAUCGUUUUCUCUAUUAUGCUGCUUGACGCAUUCCACGACCGAGACAAAAAGUUCCGGUCAGACGGGGGCCUUUUCAACCUCAGAUGAAUUGAAACUCGUACUUCCUAGCUAUCUCUGUCUGAUAAUAUCUAUCUAUCUAUCUAUCUAUCUAUCUAUCUAUCUAUCUAUGUCUGUUCAUAACUAUCUAUCCCGUCUAUUCAUAUCUAUCUAUCUAUCUAUCUAUCUAUCUAUCUAUCUAUCUAUGUCUGUUCAUAUCUAUCUAUCUAUCUAUCUAUCUAUCUAUCUAUCUAUCUAUCUAUCUAUUUGUCUCUCUAUCAUUCUUUCAUUUAUUCUUCCUUUCUUUUUUUUUACUUGCCUUCCAUUCUUUCUUUCUUUCUUUCUUUAUUUCUUUCAGUCUUUCUUUCUUUCUUUCUUUCUUUCUUUCUUUCAGUCUUUCUUUCUUUCUUUCUUUCUUCUUCUUUCCUUUUCUUUUCGUUACUUUUUUUACUUGAUUAAUUUUCUUUCUUUCUUUCCUUUUUCUUCAAUUUCUUUCUUUCUUUCUUUCUUUCUUUCUUUCUUUCUUCAAUGCCUUUUUUCUUUCUUUCUUUCUUUCUUUCUUUCUUUCUUUCUUUCUUUCUUUCUUUCUUUCUUUCAAGCCUUUCUUUCUUUCUUUCUUUCUUUCUUUCUUUCUUUCUUUCAAGCCUUUCUUUCUUUCUUUCUUUCUUUCUUUCUUUCUUUCUUUCUUUCUUUCUUUCUUUCUUUCUUUCAAGGUUACCAUUCUUUCGUUAAUUCUUUCCCCAGCUUCCUUCCUUUCGUUUUUCUUUUCUUCUUUAAUUUGAUUAAUUUUCUUUCUUUCUUUCCCUCUUUCUUCAUUGCCAUUUUUCAUUCUUUAAAGCCUUUCUUUCUUUCUUUCUUUCUUUCUUUCUUUCUUUCUUUCUUUCUUUCUUCAAAGCCUUUGUUAUAUGGUAACAAUUCUUUUUUUACUACCAAUACCCGUCGUGAAAUUGGCAAUCGCGGUUUUCUCAGAUGGCCUGCUCACUUUGCAUUCUUUCUUUCUUUCUUUCUUUCUUUCUUUCUUUCUUUCUGUUUUGAACGGAUGACAUACCCCCCCCCCAAAAAAUAA